UCUUUCUUUUUUUUUCUUCCGGGAGCUCGUGCGCGAAGAAUGCCCGGCGCGGAAGACCUAAAAUGAGGUGCAGUGCACGCGAGGUGAGCGGAAUUAGAGGAUGACGGCAGCCAAAACGUCGCCCGCGCGAGGCACGGCAGCGGCAGGAGCGGCAGGAGCGGCAGCAGCGGCAGCAGGAGGAGGGAGUGGAGGAGGAGGCAGCGGAGGAGGAGGAGAAGCGUCCCGGGACGGAGGCAGCACGAGGAGGGGCGCGCGCUCGCCGGCCGGCGCGCCAUGCAUGCAGCCCCAGCCCGGCUGCACGGACUUCUCCCCGGGCAUCCUGGACUCCGUCGCCACCGUGGGCACGGGGACGUUUGGCCGAGUGGUGCUAGUCCAGGACAGGAGGACCAAGGGCUACUUUGCGUUGAAGUCGAUGAGAAUAGUGGACCUGAUCCGGCUGAAGCAGCAGCAGCACGUUCACAAUGAGAAGGAGGUGCUCAUGGAGGUCAACCAUCCUUUCAUCGUCAAGCUGUUCUGGACGUGGCACGACGAGCGCUGCCUGUUCAUGCUGAUGGAGUUCGUGCCGGGCGGAGAGCUGUUCACUUACCUGCGGAGCCGUGGCAAGUUCGGAAACGACACGGCCCUGUUCUUCUCAGCCGAAAUCAUCUGCGCCCUGGAGUACCUCCACGCUAAGGACAUCGUCUACAGGGACCUGAAGCCUGAGAACAUCCUGCUGGACCGUGAAGGACACAUCAAACUCACCGACUUCGGCUUCGCCAAGAAGGUCGUCGACAGGACAUGUACGUUGUGCGGAACUCCAGAGUACCUGGCCCCCGAGGUCAUCCAGGGCAAAGGUCAUGGUCUGGCAGUGGACUGGUGGGCCUUGGGCGUGCUCAUCUUUGAGAUGCUGUCUGGGUAUCCACCGUUCUUUGAUGACAAUCCCUUUGGUAUCUACCAGAAGGUUCUCGCUGCCAAGCUGAACUUCCCUCGCCAUCUGGAUUUCUAUGUAAAAGACCUCAUCAAGAAGCUCCUUGUUGUGGACAAAACAAAGAGACUUGGAAACCUGAGGGGUGGAGCAGAGGAUGUGAAGAAGCACAGAUGGUUCAGGUCUAUAGACUGGGACGUCGUUCCUCAAAGACGGCUCAAGCCGGCCAUCAUCCCCAAAGUCACGCAUGAGGGAGAUUCCUCGAACUUUGACACGUAUCCUGACGAGAAGCGGAAAAAGGAGCCCGCCGUGUCUCCGAAGGACUUGGAAAUUUUUAAGAACUUUUGAAUAUGAAUAUGAAUAUUUCUUGAAUAUUUAUUUUGCAUCUUUUCACUCGACUCGGUCUUGUUCUAUGUUGUCUGUAGGCCUUGUAACGUAGCAUAAUCUAUGCACCGGUUGACUCUUUAUGUUAUGCAAGUGCACAUGACCUUUACUGUACGCCGCUGCUCCCUCCAUACGGCCACGCCUCUCCGUUCUCUGGGAAUGAAUAUGCAAACCUCUACUUACGAGCUAUGCAGAUUAUCGGUUUGACUUGACGGUAAGUUUCAACAUCUGUCCAAACGUGACUGUACCUCUGAAUCUGUAACCGUAUGUGUAUGAUGCAGUUCUUUGUUCUUUGUUUGUUCUGAUGUAUUACAUGCUUGGUUAUGUGAUAAAGGCAAUAUAUGCCAUUUUACAAAACA